CACAAGAACAAAUAAAGUAAAAAAACGCGUGUCGAUCAAAUGUGUCGUUUAAAAAAUUUAAAUUAUUUUUCGACGUAAUAGAAGCCCCUGGGCUUCUAAUACACCUUCCACAUCCAUUGCUCCAGAGAGGGCUUCUAAUACGGGAGGGCUUCUAAUAUGGGGGAGGCUUCUAUUAUGGGGGGGGGGGUUUAACAACAUCUCUUUUUUCUUUAGGUGAAUCAAAUUCCUGAAACAAGCACUGGUAUUGUUUAUUGGAUGAGUCGUGAUCAACGUGUUCAAGAUAAUUGGGCAAUGUUAUACGCACAACGUCUAGCUCUCAAACAACAAUUCGCUUUACAUGUCUGUUUUUGUUUGGUACCAACAUUUUUACAAGCAACUAUUCGAGCAUAUCGAUUUAUGUUAAAAGGUCUACAAGAAUGUGAACAAGAAUGUAAAAUAUUAAAUAUUCAAUUUCAUCUUCUUAUGGGUCAAGCAGAAAAUGUACUUCCACAAUUUGUUGAAAAAAAUAAUAUUGGAACAGUUGUCUGCGAUUUUGCACCGUUAAGAGUGCCAAGAUCAUGGGUAGAAAAUGUAGCAAAAAAAAUUACAACUAUACCAGUCGUGCAAGUUGAUGCUCAUAAUGUUGUUCCAUGCUGGAAAGCAUCACCAAAACUAGAAUAUGCCGCACGUACAAUUCGAAAUAAACUUCAUCAACAAAUGGAUGAAUAUUUUACAGAAUUUCCACCACUUAUCAAACAUCCACAUUCUACUAAACAUCCAGCCGAAAUUAUUGAUUGGCAAAAAGCCGAUGAUUGUUUACAAGUUGAUCGAGUAGUUGAUGAAGUUGAUUGGGCUAAACCAGGCUAUCAAGGCGGAAUUGAACAAUUAGAAUCAUUUAUUAAUACUCGUAUUUUACAUUUUGCUUUGGGUCGUAAUGAUCCGAAUAAAGGAGCUAUUUCAAUGUUAUCACCUUGGCUUCAUUAUGGUCAAAUAAGUCCUCAACGUGCUCUUCUCAUCAUAUCAAAACUACGUUCAAAAUAUAAAGACUCAUGUGAUUCAUUUAUAGAAGAAACAUUUGUUCGACGCGAAUUAUCUGAUAAUUAUUGUUAUUAUCAAGAAAAUUAUGAUAAUCUCAAUGGUGCAUGGGAUUGGGCAAAAAAAACAUUGAAUGAUCAUCGAAAUGAUAAACGAACACAUUUGUUUACACGUGAUCAAUUUGAAUAUGCGCAAACGUAUGAUGAUUUAUGGAAUGCAUCUCAAGUACAAAUGGUCAAAGAAGGAAAAUUACACGGUUUUCUAAGAAUGUAUUGGUGUAAGAAAAUUUUAGAAUGGACAAAAACUCCAGAAGAAGCAAUUGAAAUAGCUAUUUACUUAAAUGAUAAAUAUAAUCUCGAUGGAAGAGAUCCUAAUGGUUAUGUUGGUAUCAUGUGGUCAUUAUGUGGGAUUCAUGAUCAAGGAUGGCGUGAACGACCAAUAUUUGGAAAAAUUCGUUAUAUGAAUUAUGAAGGAUGUAAAAGAAAGUUUGAUAUAAAAACAUUUUGUGAAAAAUAUAAAAGUCUAUAG